GCGCAAUCAGUUCAUCAGAGUUAAUACAGGAAAGGUGAAUUGGACGUCGAGACUGUCAGUGGGAUAUAUUGCUCUUUGCGACUACAGUAUCCACGGCGCUGCGUUUAAUACGUAGUAAGGACAAAUAAGAAGCUAAUACCAAACUUUAAAAAUGACGCAUGAGCCGUUGCGGUCGGCCAUGACCAUUGAAAAUGUGGAGGACACAUCGCUCGCUCUGCCAUCGGAUGCCAAGCUGAGGUCCGGACAGCAGCGUGUCCUGGAACAAGUUCACACAAUCAAGCGAAGUCGGUCAAAGAAAAGUGGAUCACUUUCGCCAACAAGCCCCGAGGUUACCACUGAGACCAGUGAUUUUCGAUCAUUCAAGUUCUCCCCAGCCAAGCUCAAUGGAACCAUCUUUUCCCGGAGUAACUCCACAGGAACGGCUCUGCUCAACAGAAAGGCCGGCCAAGUCCAGCAGAACCGCACGAUGUCCACAAAGAGCCUGGGCAGGCGGUACGCCAGCACCUCCACCCAAUGGGAGCACCGCGUCAACCAGGUGGCCGCCUCCAACGGGUACGUCAUCCCCCCGCCCGGCGCGCUGAAGCCCAGCCGCAGCGACCCGGCGCUGGACGCCCCUGCCGUCGUGACGCGGGCCCGGAACCGCAGUACCCUGCAAUCCCAGCAGUCCCGCUCCAACCGCACCAGCAUGCACACCGUCGUCAACGGCAGCAGCAGCGUCUUCGGCACCAGUGGCUUCAGCACCAGCGGCUUCAUCACCGGCCCGGUGCGCACGGGCCGCCCGGCCUCUGCCUCCGCCCAUUCCAGCGGGGAGGUCAAGAUGGCCACCGCCAAGACCACCAAGAGCGAGUUCGUGGGGGUGAACGAGGGGGGAAGCCUCCCAGACAUCACCAUGAAAGAGGCGGUGGAGUAUCUCUCCGACCAGCAGGAGAGCCUCCAGUUUCGGGGGGCCUCCUACAUCCAGCACAGCACCUUCAAGGAGGACAGCGCGAAAGAGGAGGUGUUCCAGCUGAGCGGGAUCCCCGCCCUGGUCGGCCUGCUGAGCAGCCCCAACCAGCAGAUCCAGCAGACCGCCGCCGCCGCCCUGAGGAACGUGGUCUUCAGACACGCCGCCAACAAGCAGGAGGUCCAGCGCUGCGGCGGCAUCUCGGAGGCCCUGGGCCUGCUGCGGGACACCAGCUCCACUGAGACGCAGAAGCAGCUCUCAGGGCUCCUGUGGAACUUGUCAUCUGCAGACAGUCUGAAGCCGGAGCUGAUUGAGAGCGGCCUGCCCAUUCUCACAGAGAACAUCGUGGUUCCCUUCACCUGCUGGUCUGAAAGCAGCGCCACCAACAACAUCGACCCCGACGUCUUCUACAACGCCACAGGCUGCCUGCGAAACCUGAGCUGUGCGAAAGAAGGGGAACGGCAGGCGAUGAGGACCUGUCGUGGGCUGAUCGACUCCCUGGUCAGCUACAUCCAGUCCUGCGUUUCUGAAGACAGCCCAGAUGACAAGUCAGUGGAAAACUGCAUGUGCAUCCUGCACAACCUCACGUACCAGGUGGAAAGUGAGGCCCCGGAGUAUUUCAGCAAGAUGACUGCAGCUUCACAACCGCCCACCAGGAACACCGCCUCCAAGAAGGGCUCCCCCAUCGGCUGCUUCAGCCCCAAGAGCAGCAAGCUUGAGCAGGAGAACGUCUUCAAUUUCCCUUUGACGGAGGACAGCAACCCCAAAGGCAUGGGCUUGCUCUUCCAUUCCAAAACUGUGCAGACCUACCUUUCCCUCCUGGGCAGCAGCCAGAAGGACGCCACCCUGGAGGCGUGCGCUGGGACUCUGCAGAACCUCACCGCCACCAAGGGACUGGUGCCCAGUGCGAUGAGCCAGACCAUCGUGCACAAGCUGAACGGUCUGCCCGAGAUCAUACCCCUGUUUCAGUCCUCCAGUCCCAGCUUGCAGAAGACCGCUGUCUCCCUGGUGGGAAACCUGUCUCGCAACCCCAGCCUCCAGAAAGUUCUGGCCCGGCAAGUUCUGCCCCACCUGACCGGCAUACUGGCCUCCGGGACCACCGACAGAGAAGACUCUGACGAUAACCUGGCGACGGCCUGCAACACGGUCCACAGUCUUCUGAACGCUGAGCCGGAGAUGGGCAAGAAGGUUUUGGACAAGACAUUGGUGAACUCCCUGAGCGACCUCAGCAUUAAUGGGUAUUUUCCAAAAUCCGGCAAAGCAGCUGCUCUCCUGCUUUAUGGACUGUGGGCAGAGAAGGACCUCCAAAGUGUCGUUAAAAAGCUAGGGAUGAGCAAGGGUACCUUUGUGAAUGAUGUCACCACAGCAGCCCACAAAGCGGCCCAGGUCAUUGAGUAAAGUCAUGUCUGAGAUACCGUUUGAAUAAAAGGUGGAGACCUAAAUUUUGAGACUGGAGGGAUCUGGAGAUUGUAAUGCUGCAUGUAAAGAAUUUUCUAUGUCAUUUUGUUUCCCUUUUUGUGAAUUCAUUUUUACAAAAUGUGUUUGUUUGUUUUUUUCUUUAAAUGACAAAAACAGUUACAUUUUGUAACUAUAUUACAAAUGUAAAAAACUAAAGAAACUAAUUUUUUCCAAGGUGUUGACAGGAUAUAAACUUUUACUGGCUAGUUUAUUUGAAACCGCAGAAAGAGAAUACCAUAUUUGUGUGUUAUGGGGAAUGGCUCUAAUACAAUUGUUUUGGCAGACUUGGGUCCAUUCUCCACUGUUAAAAAUUAAUGUUAAGGAUGCUUUGAGUGUCAUAAAGAAAAUCGGUGCGUUAUGGAGGGGAAUUUCUGUCCAUCGAUGAAGAUGUAAAUAUGUCAAUUUGGAAGACGCCAAAGAGUUAUUUCUUUUGUUUCGUGCUUUGGAAAGGCGUAUUUCAUGUUUUGCGAAUGCUGAUGUGUGAUGGUGUGUAAGUUGUGGGGUUCUCGGUCCAAAACACUGAAAUAAUCUCGCACUGGAGUAAAUGUGUUGUGGAAUGCAUGCAUUUGUGCCUACAAAUAUAGAGAAAGCCAUUAAUUUCAUGUUACAAAACUGCAAUUUAAUGAUAUGUACUAUGCGUAAACUGUACUCUUUUGCACAUUCUGAUAUGCGUUAUUUGUGUUUUAAAGCUCUGUUGAAACAAUGUUGAAUUGUUUUUGCAUUGAGAUUUUUCUCCGUACUUCAAGCCCAGAUAGAUUAAGCAGGCAUGGGCACAAACUAAUUAAUUAAUGCUUUGGGCGAAGUUAGUCUCCUUGAGUAUGUCUUCUGCUUUUUUGUGCUUUGUAAAAAAAAUGUUAAUUGGAUUUUACAUUCUUACCAUGGUUAUUCUAAAGCAAAGCUUUAGUGUUUUUUUUUUUCUUAAAAAAAAAAAAAAAAUUCAUACCCAGGUUAACCUGUAGCCUCCAUGCACAUUUUGUGUGCAUUGCAUUGUAUUGAUAAGGUCUCAAAGCUUUCCACAGUCAUGGAGAACUGCCAAGUCCUUCUGGUUUAGUAUGUACCAAAAUUUGGGUCAGUUGUAUUUCAAUUCAGCCAAAUGAGGAAAUUAUUUGAAGUGUUAUUAUUGCAUUGACAAAUGCCAUAGCAUAAUAUGGCAAUAUUUCAAGUGCAUUAAUUCAAUUUCAGUUUCAUGAAUUGACAGAACUGAAAUACAGCUGACUCUAAAGCUGACACGUGCCCAGAAUUUAUUUCAGUAAAUCGGAGGUCUACUAGGCUUGGAAACAAGAUUUUGCAGUUUCCUGAUUUUUAAAUGUGAUGAGGAGAUUGCUAUGGAACCUAGCACUACCAACCAUUUUAUAAUGCACUUGGUGUGCUCAACUCUGUGGCAAGAAAAUAUCUUCUCAAGCCACUUGGACUUUCAUUAACGCUCACGUUUUUAAUUGGCCAAGUCAUUUUACAACUUGGAAAGUGUACCCUACCCCUCCUGGAUUGCAGUGCUGCAACUCUGAGCUGUAUAGAAAUUAUUGUAAUGAAGCUUCUAUAAUUGUAUAUACUGUGUGCACUUUGUGACCAUUCUUAUUGCUGGAAUAAACAUGGAUUUCUUGUAAA